AUGGGCUUGAAAGAUGACGAUUACCUUACAGAUGGUACUCUUGAUACGCCUGUUGAUUGGAUUUGUGGCAUGAGCAAUGUAAAAUUCAAGGACCUUCCAAGCUUUUUAAGAACAACCGAUCCCAAUGACAUUAUGUUUGAUUUCAUGGAAGAGGAAGCACAGAGUUGUCUAAAAGCUCCAGCAAUAAUCUUCAAUGCCUUCGAUGAAUUUGAAACGGAAGCAUUGGAGGAGAAAGUGUUGGAGCAUUUAGCUGUUGGCACAUUUUUGACACACUGUGGAUGGAAUUCUAUGAUGGAAACUAUUUGUGCUGGUGUGCCUGUCAUCUACUGGCCUUUCUUUGCUAAUCAGCAAACGAAUUGUCAUUACUCUUGUGAGAAAUGGGGAAUUGGAAUGGAAAUAAUUCACAAUGUGAAGCGUGAUGAAGUUGCAGAACUUGUACGCAAAGUGAUUGUGGGAGAGGAAGGGGAAAAAAUGAGGUUCAAAGCUAAAGAAUGGAAGAAGAAAGCUGAGGAAGCAACUAAAUUAAAGGACUUGGAGAAUUUUCUUCGGAUUGUUGUCACUGGUCACUGGCUCUACACAGCUUGUACUGUCAACGGCUAG